AUGUCCACCGGACAGGGUGGUGUUAAAAAUCGACGAAUUUCGUUGGGUUCUCCCAAGGAUUUGAAGGAAGUCCACUUUUUUGAGGAAGAAGAUGUCCCGGUAGUUCCACCAACCGGAGCUCGAGUCAAGGUAAGGCUUUGUUUCUGAUUUUUUUUUGUUUUUUAGGUAUACCUUGUCGAGUUUAAGGGAGAUGGUUAUUUCUCUCCCGAUAAAGAUUUUAGUGGCUAGAUUAUAGUCUUAUAUUUGUUUCAGGUCUGUUAUGCGGGUGUUUGCUUGACCGAGAAAGAGAUCACAAAUACCAAACAAGCCAGAAUCACCAAUGGAGUCAAGGAUACUAGUCUUUUCCCAGGUGAGAUUUCUUUUAGUCAAGUAAAGAUCCCAAAAACUUGUAAUGCAAUGAAGGACCGUCUAACUGAUCCAUGAAUUCAGGUUACGAGGUCUCCGGAGUUGUCGAAGCUUUCGGCGAGGAGGCCAAACCCGAAGAGUAUGAUCUGAAAGUGGGCGACAAAGUUAUUGUCUGGCCAACUGAUGAAAUGACCAAGCAUGGCUAUGCCGACUAUGUCUCUGUCCCUCAGCUCUCGUUGCUUGUGAAGAUCCCGGAUUCGAUGUCAAUGCACGUGGCUUCGAUCCUCCCAGCUGGAGCCACUUGGGCCCUUUCAGCUGUCGUCCAUGCUCGCCCAAUCGUUGAGGCGUUGGCUGCCUCAAAGGGCUUCUGUAACAUUUUGAUUGUUGGAGCUGGAGGUCUUGGGUUAUGGCUGUUGAAGCUUGCCAAACAUUUUUUGGUCCAGCCGGAUAAGAAGAUCAAAAUCAUGGUGGCCGACGCCAAGGAAGAAAGACUUUGCUUGGCUGAGAGGAAUGGAGCCGACUUUGUGGUUCAUUGGGAUGAUUCUGGUGAGUUAUUUGAGAGGUUUUUGUUUUGGAUUUUAGGCAAGAAGUUGAAUAUGAAGGCCAAGGAUAAUGUUGAUAGGUGUCUUGAUGUUACACUAGAGGCCUAUAACAAUCUUCUUCAAAAUAUGAUGUCUGAUCUCCUUUCAGAGUUCGAAGAGUACCUAAUCAUGCGAACCAAGGAUGUGGCGCGUACUGGAGUCCAGAUCGUCUUCGAUUUCGUCACAUCUCCCCGAACUGUGACCCGUUCUCUCAAGUGCCUAGUGGAAGGAGGAGUCCUCUUUGUCGGAGGUCUCUCUGGUCUCGAUGUCCAACUCCCCAUCAAGAUGGUGGCCCACAAUCGACUUGCCAUCAUGGGAGUGUCCCGCGGUUCCAUCGAUCAGCUCAAAUCCUUGGUCCAUUUGAUUUCGGACGGACAAAUUGAGGCGCCCGACUACAGAAUCUACCCCGUAAAUCAAGCCUCGCAAGUCCUGAGACAGUUGAGUAUGUCCGAAGUGGAGGGACGCGCCAUUCUGGAGGUCUGGGACCCCGACAAGCCUGCGGACGCCGAGAAACCCCAACAGUGAACUUAUUUUUGUCGUUACACAGUAACUUCUUCUUUAUUGUAAUAGGUGCCAUACACCAUCAGUUGGACAUUUUUUUUGGUUGGGUAUGUAUAAUCAAUAGCUUUUCAUGAAUUCGUAAACUUGUUGAUACAAAAUGCAUUUUUUGGCUAUAAAAUUUAUAUUGUAGUAGACGGAGGAUGUGUUAUCCAUAAUAUAUUAUCCAUACCCAACCAUUCCCCCCAUAUUUUUAGGUCUUCCCCCCGAAACUGGGUCCAUCAACGCCCCCAACCCUACUGGUCGUUAA